AUGGGCAAGAAAAAAGGAAAGAAAGGAGAAAAAGGCGGAAAAGACAAGAAAGGCAAAAAGAAAGGUAAGGAGAAGACACCACCACCACCGCCGCCGCCGCCGCCGCCACCACCACCCGACCCCUUCGCUGAUCUACGGCAGAAGUUUCUGCCCCCGUCCGCUCCAAAUUCCGCGCCAAAUUCCGCCCCACCGUCCGCCCCCCCAUCCGCCCCAUCAUCCGCCCCGCCGUCAGCACCCACCAGCCGCAGAGGCAGCACCACCAGCACUCGCUCCACGGCAUCCACCGACACCGGCACUUCCACUAGCACAGGCGACAGCAGUGGCAGCGAGAGUCUCUCCAGCAAGACACCACCCACCCCGGAACAGAAGCCAUCAGCUAUGAAACCUCCCGACUCAGCUAAGCCAGCUCCACCGUCUGCUGACUCUUCUAAGCCUGAAACUGCAACACCAUCGCCUAUGUCUGAAUCACCAAAGAUUCCGACACCGGUAGCUGAGCCUCCGAAACCUGCUGCAUCAGAGCCUCCCAAACUUGCUGCUGCAGCCGAUGACAAGCCGCCUCCGGUAGCAGUGACGGAAGCGGCUCCAAAACUUCCUGAUGCUCCAAAGGGUGCUAUGAAAUCUGCAUCUAAGCCACCAGAGGCAAAUGUACCAGAAGCAAAGGCACCCGAAGCUGAAACAAAAACUGCAGACAAACCAGCUGACGCCAAGCCACCAGAAAGUGAUACUAAACCUGCAGACAAGCCACCUGAAGCCAAACCGCCUGAUGCUAAGCCUGAGGCACCUGCUCCUGACCCCAAGCCAACAGAAAAACCUACAUAA